UUGUGACAAUGUGAUCACGAUGUCUAGACACCAUAUGGCUGACCUUCGUUUCUUCGCUCUUGACCGCCAUGGUUCUUUCAAGCGAGGAUAAGAGAGAAAUUGGACAGCACUUCGUUUUUGGAUUUCAUGGGCACGAAAUCAGCGAGGAUGCAAAAGAACUCAUCGAGAAGUAUCAUGUCGGGAACAUCAUCCUCAUGAAACGGAACGUGCAAAGUGUGAAGCAGGUACAUGCGCUUGUUCAAUCUUUACAGCAGUGCGCAAGAGAUGCCGGACACAGGUAUCCACUGAUGAUUGGUAUUGACCAAGAGAAUGGCCUCGUAUCCGCGUUCAGCUCAACUGAAAAACAUCAAGCUGGGACACAGUUCCCAGGAGCCAUGGCGAUCGCUGCUAUCAGCGAUGUCAAUUAUGCCCGGGAUUGCUCUGCGGCUUCAGCUCGCGAGAUGAAAGCUGUUGGCAUCAAUUGGACCUAUUCUCCGGUAGGAGAUGUGAAUUCUGACCCACAGAACCCGGUUAUUGGUGUACGCUCUUUUGGAGAUGACCCCAUAAAAGUUGCACAAUAUGCGAAGGCGGUUGGCGAAGGCCUCGCACAAGGUGGCCUCGCACCGUCUGCGAAACACUUCCCAGGGCACGGUGAUACAAAUAUUGACUCGCAUCUUGGUCUUCCCGUCAUCAACAAAAGUCGUGCCGAGCUGGAUCAAACCGAGUUGAAACCUUUCAAAGAACUAAUUGACGCUGGUGUCGCCAGCAUCAUGACGGGGCAUAUGGCUAUCCAGGCCCUGACUGGUGACAGUGAGACUCCAGCAUCUCUUUCACGAGCUGUGACUACGGCCCUUCUGCGAGAGGAAUUGAAGUAUGAAGGAGUGGUCGUGACCGAUUGCCUUGAAAUGAAUGCGGUGAUGGAGAGAAAAGGCGGCGUACCACGUGGCGCUGUGGAAGCACUAGUGGCUGGUGCAGAUGUGAUCAUGGUUUGCCAUACUAUGGCGUUCCAUAGGGGCGCGAUAGAGGCCACCUAUGAGGCAGUACAGAAGGGCGAGCUGCAUAUGGAUGAGCUGAGGAAAAGCGGAAAAAGGGUUGCUGCGCUGAAACGGAGAUUCGUGGGGACAUGGGAUGACGUGCUCGGAAAACCAUUUGACGAGGAGGCGAUGAAUGCAUUGCAGGCGACGAACAAGAAACUGAGCGAGGACGCAUACGCAAAGUCGACCGCACUUAUUUCCGGAUCUCUUCCUGCGUUUUCUUCGGGCAAGAUUGUGGUGAUGACACCCGUCGUGGAGAGCCUCAACGCGGCAGUGGAUGAUGCGGAAGGUGUGCAACGUACCGAGAAAGGUCACGUCCGGAACACCGCAGCGCCAUACUACAUGUCUUUUGCAGAGUCCGUGCGACGCCGCGCUGCCGAUGUCGAACACCUGGUGUACGCGGCUGAUUUUGACUGCAGAAGAGAAUUUGGCCAGGGGGUCAUAUUCGUCACACGCAACGCGGAUCGUAGUGCUUGGCAACUAGAUGUCUUGGAGAAAGUCAGGACACAGACCAGUGACCCUGUUGUGGUCCUGGCGAGCUGCGCACCGUAUGAAUUGUUCUCCAGGAGGGUCUUAGGUGUGCAGGCAUGCGUGGCGAGCUUCGAGUUCACCAGCGAAGCGUUGGAAGCUGCUGCCAGAGUUAUUUUUAAUGAGGUUUUUCCGGCGGGGAAGUCACCUGUUAGCGUCCGAGGACAAUAAGCUGGAAAAAUAUCUACCGUACUUGUAUUUGGAUCUUGCCGAACCUCUUCGUCGGUCUGGUAAUUAUCAGGCUCAUACACACGUACCUGGUGACUACAGCUGGAGCCUGGAGGGGUUCGAGGAGACUGGGGGAUUGAACGGUGAUAGGCGGAUCGAUGAGGAUAUCGAUGACAUUGCGUUGCCCCCAUCCUCGAUGGCUACUGUGCCCAAGCUGUCUCCGUCGUAAGUGACGUGCCGUUUGAGCGCCUCCGAGUCGCGGCUUAUUAUUCUCGGACCAAUCCACUGCAUUGGACUCAUGAAGCGAAGCCAUGAGACCCGCAUCCAACCGAGCGACACCAAGCUAGCCAUGACCUUAGCAUCCGCUGCAGUUAGCUGUCCCCGAAGGUUGAGCUCUGUCAGCUGGAGAGUAGAUGGUCACUAGGGGAGAGGGAUGGCAGCGGUUUCGA